GUGUUGCGCUGUGCUGCGUUAUGCUGUGCUGAGUUUAUUUGUGUGUUUAUUUGUCUGUCUUAUCUAUGUGUUUGUUUGUAUGUUUGUUUCUUUUAUUGAAAUCUGAAGGUUUUCGACAUUUCUUAAACACACACUUAACUAUAUUUAGCAUAAACGCAAAUAAUAUCGAACCGUCAAAUCUGUCUAUACUGUGGCGUACGUAGAGUUGAAUAAAUAUCUCAAACAUUUUUUGUACAUGUUCAUAAUCACAUUUAAACCAGAUUAAAAAACAUAAUUACGGAUAAGGAGAUUUUUAAAUAGUUUGCGUUAUACUUCAAGGAAAAAGCUUCGUACCUAUGAUUCAGACGAAUUGCUAAAACAAACAAAUAUACCAUGCGAAUUAUUUGGUAGGGUUUAAAUAGAAUAGGACAAAUAUCUGCCAUCAAUUUAUUUAUUUUUAUUCUUAAUUCAUUUACAUGUACAUGUAAAUUCAUAAAUGUAAAUGACUCAUAUAUAGCCUGUCAAUCUCGUUAUUAUCUAUAUUUAAACUAUUUACGUUAAAAGCUGUUAGUCGAUGCGAUCCAAUGUCGCUUUUUAUCAUUUAGAUGAAAUUUUAUAAUUAUAUGACGGAAAGUGGCGACAAAUAUCGGAAAUUUACGAACAAGAGUUGGUUGUUUUUUCGCUAAUGUCGUGCCAAAUGAACUUGCUUUAAUCAGAUUAAUGUUAUGUUAAUAUUUAAAAACAUUAUUUGUUAAAGAAGUAUUUAUUUUCAGUAUACUAUAAAUACUAGGAUUGGUCAGAUUUUCUUUUCAAACAUACACCAGGAUUGUUUGAAUCUAUAAAAAUAACAAUUUCAUUUCAUAAAAAUAUAUACAGGAAUCUAACAAUGAAUCCGGAGGAAAGGCUAAAAAACAUUUCACAAUCCGAUAUUCGAAAGGCAUUUGACAAAACAUGCGAGGAUAUAGGUCUUACAGAAACAAAGUUAGAACUUGUCACUGAAGAUCGUUAUCCAGAGGUACUUGAAAUACUGAGGGAUUGUUUUAUCAAUGACGAACCAUUAGAGAAAUCUUUACAACUACAAUGGAGUUCGGAAAUGGCAGGCGUAUGGCUAAAUGCGCUACAACAUAACAUGUCUAUCCUGCUUGUAAAUAACGAAAAUAAUGAAAUUAUUGGCGUUCGUGUAAUUCGGGUGACCCGUAAAACUGACCAGUUUGAAAAAGACAAAUGCAAAGACGAGCAAGUAUUAAAGCUUCUCAAUUUCUUUGACUACACGACGGACACAUUUGAUUUUUUCAGGAAGUACAACGUUUCAGAAAUAUUCGAAUUCUUUGGUUUAGGCGUAGUUUCGAAAUACAGGAGACGUGGCUAUGGGACGUUACUUAUGGAAGCUGGUGUUAAAUUAAUAAACAACCUUGAGAUUAAACCUUGCUUUAUAAGAGGGUCUGCUUCGUCGAAUUUUGCAAAGACUAUAUUUGAAAAGUGUGAAUUCGAAACUGUGGCUGACUUUCCGUACUGUGACUAUAAUGUAGAAGAUUGUAUCGUGUUUGAUGACACGGGGGAACAUAAAUCUAUGACAGUCUACUCUAAAUGUCUGGAGUAAAUAAAAGGGGGUGUGAGAUAUUUGUUGUAAUGGUGAAAUAAUAGCCAAACAUUGUAUGUGUAUAAUAAAAUCCGUUCUAUAUGAUUUCGUUUUGUAUUAGGAUAUUUCGUCAAUCCAUAUAUCAAACACUUUGCAAACUUCAAGUGCCAAGUGCUGAGUGGCAAAUAUCUGGGGUAUAAUUUUGAUCCCAGCAAAUAUAAUAAAUU